UGCGUGCAUUGUUAUAAUAAGAAUUACAAUCAUCAUAUAUUUUUAAAUGUCUCUGUGAUUCAGUAAACUAAUGAGAAUAUUUUGGUAAGCGGAUGUCAAGAUGAUUUUGAUUUCUGAAUAAAAACCGUUCAAUAUCAUAUUGUCAGUAUCUUCUAAAGCAAAUGCUUCUAUAACAUUAGCAGUCAAUCUUGAACAAACAUUCAUACAAUUUCAGGACGAGAAAAAUUUUUCAAGUUGGCCAUUGAAAUCUAGCAAUAUGUUUCAUCAAAUGGCAUCUAUUCAUUCACGUGUGAUGGUUAUGUUAACAAUCUUUAUGUUGUCAUGUCAAAAAGCUCAAGCAGUAUUGAGCAACUUGACUUUGGACCUGAACUAAUAGAGGGAGAUAUAGUCUUAGACAAAACAAUGGCAUUUGCUCUGGCUAAUUUUAAAGAAUCAACUUCUGUACGUCGUAAACGGGAUGUCAGCGAUCAAACAGUGAACAUAUGGAAAGAUGGCGUCAUAGCUUAUGUGAUUUCAGACGAAAUGAGUGGGAUUGGAAGACGAAUCAUACGAAAGGCAUUUCGAAAGAUCGCCCAUCGAACUUGUGUGAGAUUUAUUCCAAAGCAAAAUGAACAUAAAGAUUAUGUUAAAUUUAUUUCAAAGUGUAAAGGGUGCUACUCCUCUGUUGGUCGAAAAGGAGGUGAACAAGUUCUAUGUCUUGGUGAGGGUUGUUUAAACAGACCUCGUGCUCUUCAUGAAAUUAUGCAUGCUUUAGGAUUCUUUCACGAACAUUCAAGACUCGACCGAGAUAACCAUGUAAAGAUUUUGUGGUGGAACAUUCAAGAUGGAAUGGAGAGAAAUUUCUUGACAUACAGGCAUUCUCCAACAGACUCUCUUAAGGAGCCUUAUGAUUUUCUCAGUAUUAUGCACUACGACAAUAAAGCAUUCUCAAGCAAUGGAAUGGAUACUAUUCAAUCGAAAAGAAAUCCUAAAAUGCGAUUUGGUAAAGUUCGAAAACUCAGUAAAGUGGACUUAAGACAGCUGAAAAAACUUUAUCGAUGCCCUGUUCGUAUGAUCAGAUAUAAAGGCUCAUGCCGUAAUCUCUAUUGGAAAUGCAACAGUUAUGCAACUAGAAGUGACAUGUGCGAAACGAGUUAUGUUUUUAUGAAAUUUUACUGUCCGAGAGCUUGUGCAUUUUGUUGUAAGUAUAUAACACUAAAAUUAACAAAAGAAAAAUUUUUUUAAUUUAAAGUACAUAUAGCUACAGCGUCAUCGUGAUCAAUUUCUCUCAAGGAAACACUUCUCGAGCUUUAAAAACAUCUCUGUCAUGAGUAGAUAUGGAAGUCACGCGUUUCAUGAAGUCAAGUUAAACAUUUUUUUAUUUAAUUAUAGGAGCAACACAGGCAUUUUAUGGAAGUGAUCCAAGAUAUGAAUGUGGUCGUUCACUAGAGGGAGGACGGCGAAAAUACAGCCAUAUUACAGCACGUGAUUUAGUGACACUUAACAUAUUAAGAAGUUAGAAAUAUUAGCUAUUUAUGAAACGUAUUUUACAUAUAAGUUAACAUAUAAUAUAUUUGUGAUUGUGUGCCCAUGUAUCGGGUUUUUAAAGCAUUGUCAUGGAUAAUGCUCAUCAUUUUUUAGGAUGAUGAUUAUGACUUCAAUGUCACUAAACUACCAGUAGAGGAGAAUUUAUGAUAUAUAUACGAAAUUAAUGGUGGCUUUAUACGAUAGAUAAGGUUUAAUUCACCCAUAACAAAUCUUUGUCGAAUUUAGAGUACCGAAUAUCUAAGCACUAUGCUGAAAAUUAAGUGUGCCACAAUGAUUAGCGUUGUGCAUAAUAUAUAAUAUAUUGUAAACAGAUAUAUACAUUAUUGAUCACAAUAUAUAAAUCAUUUUGUAUCUUAAUAUCAACUAAGUAAAAUACUGUAAAUAUCCAGUUCCACCAAGUUACCGUCAACAUAAAAUUACCAAGUGCCAAGGCAAA